AUGUCUGUUCAACGGGGCCUUUUACGCUUCUCUCGAAUCGCGAGGUCUGGCGGCGGGGAUGUGAAACCAAGAUGGACGCUUCCCAGCAAGGACUACUUGAAGUAUUGCUACCAACCCUCCAUUCCCGACAAGCAUUACUUUGGUGCUCACUGGAACUACGUUCCCGCCACUAUGUGGCUGAGAGCUAGGAGACCAGCCAUGGAAAACAUCGCUAAAUCCAUGUUUGGGGUGGCCAAGGAAUCGGCUCAGUAUGUGACGCAGCCUCUAGGCCGGUUCGUGCAGUAUAACUGCCCAGGUUUUUUACAUAAAGUCGUCGCUGUCUUUGGUUUGUGGUUGGCCUAUUCUCUAUCUCUACGAUAUACUUAUGGGGACAUGAACAACCACUGGUUCUAUCUAGACAAGAUGCACUCCUACGCCCAAGCUAACGAGUUGGCUGAUAAGGGCUUCUGGGAUACUAAGCAACAGGCUGAGGCGAAGAAGGAAAAGGAGUAUAAUGAUACCUGCAACAGGCUCAAUGGCUUGUGGGAUAAGGCUAUCUCGGAGGCAACCGAGCAGAGGAGUUUUUCCAAGCUAUGUGAAGCUUUGAAGGUUGAUGAAGAGGAGCCUCUUCCCUUACAGGGAGUACCCGAUAAGGUCCAAUGGAGGUUUGGUAUGAUUCCUUAUGGAAAUAAUAAUCCGGACACGCAGCUAUUCCCAACCCCAGAAGAGGAACAGCCUGCUGGAUCAUACCAGUUUAUGGAUCCGUCGAGUUACGGUGAUUACAUCGAACGUAUCGAUAACAAGCCCAACCCGAUUCGAAAGGCAAGGCAUUUAUUCACUAGUGCUUACAUGCCGCCGACGAAAUAA